AUGCACAAGAGCAGUUCAGGCUCAGCGUUGGGACCAGGGGGCUUGGACCUAACGCAGGCCUUCUUCAGGCCCAUUAUGAACGCAGCACCUCCUUCUCCCACAAAGCGCCACAACAAGGUCUCUGUUAUUGGGGCAGGCAACGUGGGAAUGGCCAUAGCCCAAACCAUCCUCACUCAGGACCUCACCGACGAGCUCGUCCUCGUCGACGCCAUUCCCGACAAACUCCGCGGCGAGAUGCUCGACCUGCAGCACGCCGCCGCCUUCCUCCCACGAACCAAAAUUCACGCCUCCACCGACUACUCCAUCACGGUGGGUUCCGACCUCUGCAUUGUAACCGCUGGUGCCCGCCAGAUAAGUGGCGAGUCCAGGCUAAACCUGCUGCAGAGGAACGUAGCCCUCUUUCAGAAAAUAAUACCCCCUUUGGUUCGUUAUUCCCCUAACACCGUUCUACUUAUCGUCUCUAACCCCGUUGAUGUACUAACUUACGUGGCAUGGAAGCUCUCGGGGUUCCCUUCCAACCGCGUCAUUGGCUCUGGCACUAACCUUGACUCCUCCCGUUUCCGUUUCCUCAUCGCUAAUCAUCUUGACGUCAACGCUCAGGAUGUCCAGGCUUAUAUAGUGGGGGAACACGGUGACAGCUCGGUGGCCCUGUGGUCUAGCAUUAGCGUUGGGGGUGUUCCGGUGCUAAGCUUUCUGGAGAAACAGCAAAUUGCGUAUGAGAAGGAAAUGCUAGAGAAUAUACACAAGGAAGUUGUACAUAGUGCGUACGAAGUCAUUAGUCUGAAAGGUUACACUUCUUGGGCAAUUGGAUACUCGGUGGCAAACUUGGCCCGAACCAUUCUUAGGGACCAAAGGAGGGUUCACCCAGUCUCGGUUCUCGCAAAGGGUCUUUAUGACAUCAAUGGUGAAGAAGUGUUCCUCAGCUUGCCUGCACAACUUGGAAGAGGAGGGGUAUUGGGUGUAACCAAUGUGCAUUUGACAGAAGAAGAGACACAAAGGCUUAGGGACUCAGCCACCACCAUCCUCGAGGUGCAGAAUCAGUUGGCUAUUUGA